AUGCGAUGGGGAGCGAAAAAUCCGCCCAAUGAUCCGCAGGUCUCGUUUUCAGGAAAAAAUGUCAUGAUCACUGGUGCGAACUCGGGUAUAGGGUAUGAAGCUGCCAUGAAGUUUGUCAAACUGGGAGCAUCGAAGGUGAUCUUGGCCGUUCGAACACCUGAAAAGGGGUAUGCGGCCAAGCAAAAAAUCCAGGUCUCUGUGGAGAAGGAGUGCAAAUGUCAUAGCAUCAUUGUCAUGCAGCUUGAUAUGAAUGAUUUUGGAAGCGUGAAGCAUUUUGCGACCGGCUUGGCGCAAGAGGUCGGAGCAGAUGGCCUACAAGUCGCCAUAUUGAAUGCUGGAGUUGCCCCUGGAACCUAUUCAGUUGUCAAAGAAACAGGCUGGGAGUCAGCGCUACAGGUCAAUGUCCUGUCCACGGCUUUGCUCGCCAUCUGUAUUCUACCUCUCCUCAAACAAGGGUCAGCCGAAAACGGGCAACCCGCACAGCUUAUACUCACCGGUAGUGCUCAGUGCAUCUCGGUGACGGAGAAGAUGCCCUAUGAUGCUCCCAAAGUGCUGGAAGCUUUGAAUGAGCCCGGGUCAUUUCACCCGCGGAGCUCAUAUCUCACCACAAAACUCUUGGUUGUCUAUGUUAUGCAGGGAUUGAUAGACGAUUAUCUGGCUGCGCUUCCGGAUCAACCACUCCCUGUGACUAUCAGUGUAGUCUGCCCCGGCUAUACAGUGACUAAAAUCUGCCGGAACCUUUCCUGGCCUAGCAAAAUUCUCAUGAUGUUGCUGAACACAUAUGGCGGGAGAUCCGCGGAGGAGGGAAGUCGGUCCUUGAUAAGUGCGUCGUUGCUUGGUGCAGAUGGCCAUGGAAAGUUUUGGACCAACGACAGCUUCCUGGAGUAA